CUAUAUGCCCAACCAUGAAGGUUCUAACAGAAAAAUAUGCUUAAUGAGUCCCCUUUGCCAUGCUCCCUCUUUAUAUCUAUGUUUCCUCUACUAACAAACUCACCGCAUCAGCACUUGUAAACAAUUCUCCUAUUGAGCACAUUUAUUGGGCUUAGGCCCAAACUCGGUACCUAAGCUUCUUCUGAUGACUCUCUCCUAAAGAGACUAUGUCCUGACAGUCAAGCUCCAUAUGUUUUGUUUUGGCAUGUAGAAUGCGGUUGUUGGAUUGAACAACAAUGCUGACAUUUCAGAGGGGACUUUGUUUCCCCUGUAGUUGGUUUCCUAAUGUUUCUGUCUGAUUGAAUUUGUUUAUUUCAUAUGUUCUUUACCCUAGCAGGAAACUAUUUGGCAGUUCUAUUUAGUAGUGUCAUCUAUUAUGCUGUUUAGUCGGUUAAUGUAUUUAUUGCGUUUUUGUCACUUUUCUUAUAAUGGGGGAGAUAAUAGUUAAACUUUAUGAAAUUGUUGUAGGGGCCAAAUGGUUGCAGAAGCGCAAACAUGUAUUCUUCGUAAGAUAUAUUAUUGUAGAUCGAUGCAGAUGAUUUGUGAAGAUGAUGUUAGACAAUAUGUAAGUCCGGUACCAAAAUGCAAUAAUCAUUUACUGUAAAGUAGAGACAAAGAGAUUCUUUAAACUCAUCAAAAGUUUUGCCAUACCAACCACUCAAAAAACCAAACGAGAUAACAACCUCUGGAAAGCAAAACAAAAUAUUUACGUAUCAAAAGUUUUGCCAUACCAACCACUCAAAAAACCAAACGAGAUAACAACCUCUGGAAAGCAAAACAAAAUAUUUACGUAAGGCCAGCAACGGUGGCACCGAAACCAGAACCAGUGAGGGAUUUGAGAUGCACCAGACAAGGUGGAGAAUAAACCAACAGCAGGUGCAGAUCCUUCUGAUCUGAGAUCUAUUUAUUGCUCGUGCUGUUGUCCUUAGCAGCUCUAUUAAUUGAAUCACAUCUGGAGGGGAGACUGUCCACAGAUUCAGCUAAAGUUGCUGCUAAGUGAGCCAGCUUGUUACCAUCUCAAGAGAUCCAGUUUCAUGUGCAGCAUCCAAGAAUAAUGGAAGAAAGAUUAAAGAUUGUGAAAGGCAUUGUCUCUUAUUAAUGCCAACAUAAGAAGAGUAUUUGAUGGAGUAUGGACAGACAUACAGAAAAUGACUCAAAUCAUACUGAGAUAAAUGAGAACUGGCAUGGAACUCUUAAAACUCAAAAUAAAUUGAGUCACAAGUUGAGCAGGUACUCAGAUGCAGGACGGAACAAUGAUGUUGAGACUUGUCAUAAAUUGACCAUUGCAAUCUGUCACUUAUUCAUUAAGCCUUAUGAAAGUGCCAAACAUGUGACAACGCAAUUUUGGCUGGUAUUGCCUCCCCAAUUUAACCAGCUGCAUAAUGGAGUGUUCAUGCAACAGUUGUUGCAGUAUCUUGUGACUUUUCACUUCUUGACGUCUACUAGUGAACACAUUGCUAUUGAUACUAUUUUUGGCAUAGAACUUAGUAACAGGAUUUAUUGCCAAGAGAGCAAUGAAGAAAGCUCUAAUACAUAAUAUGUUUAUUCACUUAAAUGCCACAUAUCUCAGGAGGUAAAAAAUCAGCAUGAAGGGCUAAAACAAGGUUUAAAAUCAGAGUUGGAAGAAGCUUUUGCUGCUUUGGGUCAUAAUGUUCUUUUUUCUAAAGAAUCACACAUCAAUGCCCUGCCGAGGGCUAUCUUUUUAAUGAAGAAGAUACCAACAAAGGCAAGAACAAUCUCAUUGAUACUCUCACAGCUGUUUGUGUGCUUGGAGGUGUGGCAUCAGCUGUUGCUGUGGCUUACAAAUUUUACAGAAGGUCGGGCCGAGUUAGACUCUAAUGAUAAGUUAUAGGUUGCUUGGGAUGUACACCCUAAAUUUUGCAGUUUCUUGAAUUCCAUAUAUUUAUUUCGCGCUUGUUAUUAUUAUGUUUUGUAAUGAUUUUGAUACAUAUUA